AGGAACAGCGCACGUUAAAAAAAACGUCGCGUACGUGUGUCGUGUUUGGGCGAUGUGUACGUGUGUUUUCAUGUAAUAUACAAUAAUACUCGUGUGAGUUUUCCUCGGUUCCCGCGGCGUCAGCUAUACGGAAAGGAUAUAGUCGAACGAAAAAGAAACAACAAAAACGAUAAUUAAUUUAAAAAAAGUCAGUGUUAGGUCGUUGUCCGGUGAAUCUCGUGUACGAGUACGUUUUUAUUGCGAUUGAAAGAACGUGGUAAAACCGCGAUAUAUACCCCUUGAAACUCGCCCCCCGGACGACUCUUUGAGUUCGAUGGAAACACGAAAUUUUUCACACUUGAAAGCUUUUCCAGUCUUGGAAGAGAGUGAGCGCAAGUGAACGUCGCUGGUGGUUGUUUUCAUCCGUGCAACGCGUAUAUAUGCUCGAUUGAAUUUCGACGUUUUUAUUCCUUUAUUCUUUUUUUUUUUUUUUUUCAACUCUACAAUGGUGUAAAGUUUCGUGCGCAUCGCUUUGAUACAGUUUUUUCUCCUAUAUGUGACUGUGUUGGUGCGCAUAUGUACACGCGUGUGUGCUCUUGCCUAUGGAGUAUAAAAAAAAUUAAACACGAUCAAACCCGAUUGUUCCGUUCGCGAGUGGGAACUCCCGCGCUCCAGGAGUUCGUGGUCUCACUUGGGCGGAAUAAAAAACAUUGAAAGCUCGCUUCUUUUUCAUUUCACUGUUUUGUGUCCGUGCGUUCUUAACACGAAACCGCCUACAUUCGGUGUUUUUCUCCAUUUAGACAAAUAAUUCAAGUCUCUUCGACCGCUUGAUUAUACCGAAACGACCCGUCUCUCUGCGUGUAUGUGGCUCCUGCCUUUUUUUGUUGUUCCUUUUUUCCUGCCUCUUUCGUCCCGCCCCGGCCGACUUCCUAUUCGAUAAUCACCGAGGAUUCGGAAAUGAUACGAAAGUGCAACGAUCGUCGCCGGGUCUCGGGAGUUCACCGACUCCGGAUCCCCGAGCCCUAAAUUUACACCUAAUGAAAUUUAUCCACAAUUAAAAAGAAGUCGCGCAUUUGUUAUUGUUUUUUUUCUUUUUUUUUGCGUUGUUUCGCAAUCUUCCACCAGUGUUUUCGAUUAUUUCUUUUACUUCAUUUUUGAAUCGUUCCGAUCUCAAAGAUUGUUUUGUUCCAAUACGUGUUUUUUUUUUCGAACCGGGUUCUUCACGAUCUGACGACGAGAACGAUCGAUCACGCGUUUGCCCGCCUCCACAGGACGGGUUAUGUUUCCCACUUUCAUCGGUAUUCUAGACAUUCAAUCGUGGUGGGAGGUGCCGAGUAUAGCGCACUUCUGCUCCUUAUUUAGGGCAGCCUUCAAUCUUCUGGACUUUGAUAUCGAGGAUCUGGAAGAAGCUCUGCUCACCGAUGGUGGUACCGAGGGACGAUUGCUCCAGGAAUUGAUAGUUAGACUUUUGGAGGGCUGCUUGCCCAACGACACACGCAAUGAUAUCUCUACUUUCAAUUAUCAGAUGUUUCUGCGUCGCCUGUUUCGCAAAAAGUGCCAGGAAUACAAGUGCGACAAUCCAUUCAACACUGAUGUAGACUUCGAGUGUUUGCCACUCAGACAAAAAGUAGAAAUAUUACGCGCUCUCUGCGACUUUAGGCUCGACGCCGAGGACGUGGAGUGCGCGCUGAGCAACUUGGACUCGGAAAGUCUGAGAGUCGAACCAUUGGGUCAUGAUCGUAAGAAUUCUGCCUACUGGUACUUCUACGGGACACGUUUAUACAGGGAGGAUUACGUCGAUAACGGUGACGAUAUUGACGAGCGACCGAAGAUCAGAGCAAAGGAUCGUAGACGGAAGAGAAGACGAGGAGGACGUGCGUGCAAGACCGUGGAAGAAGAGGAGGAGGAGGAGAAAGAGGAAGAUAGUUUAGUGAACGUUUACGGUGAUACUAAAGAGCGUGAAACAGUUUGGCAAGUUGUCUGUUUUACGCAACAGGAUUGGUGUCGUCUCGUUGACAAAUUUAGGGACUCGGAAUUCGCGACUGAACGAAAACUCUAUCACACACUGGCAGAGGAUUUUUUGCCAGAGAUUCCGAAGCUCUUCGAUCUUAAAGAGAAGCAGCAGCGACGUCGUUUAUUGCAAAGAAACGGUUCGCGAGUUUUGAGAAGCUCCGAAGCCGUAGAACCGACGAGCGAGGCAACAAUGGUCCGUGCAAAAAUGAAGACGAAGUCGGGAAAAGGCGGAGGAACGAAAAAAAGCAGUGGCCAAAGUUCCAAAGGAGCUGACAGCGACGACGACACUCCACCGCUCUUGGUCGCUCCACCCGUCCAGAAAAAAGGACGACAAACCAACAAUUCACUCGCUUCUGCGGUCGGUCAAAUCGUUAUUCAUACCAACGACGAAAUCACCGCCGUUAAUGAGAAAAAAGGCCUCGGACGGGCGAGCACAUACGUUUCCUCCGGUUCUGGUUACGGAUACGGUUAUAAUUUUGGAAUUGAAGAAGAAGAGAGACGAGUUGGUAUGCAUAAAGUUCUUGAAAGUCUCAAGGAUCACGUAGAUGCUUGGCCCUUCGUUGAUCCUGUGGAUGAAGAAUAUGCACCGAGGUAUUACAGCGUCGUGAGAAAGCCGAUGGACCUGACAACAAUGGAGGAGAAAUUGGAUGGUGGAUCGUACAAGAACUUGAGUCAGUUUAAGCGAGAUUUUAGUUUGAUAGUAGAGAAUUGUCGUCAGUAUAACGGCUCGGACAACGAGUAUACGGAAAUGGCGAUAAAUUUGAAAGAAGCGUUCGAUCGUGCGGUAGAUCGUUAUUUGGAUUCGGAGCCAUCGAGCGACGAGGGUUCGUCGUUACCAGCGCAGUCGUCAAUUCGCGAGGCGUCGCCACGAGUUUUGCGAGCAACGUCGCCAUCGACGAAUUCACGAAAGCGUUACAAAAAAUCAAAUAAAAAAUCUAAAUCAAACAAGACAGAGAAAAAGGGGAAAAGAACGGCGAGGGGGGAAGAGAACGAAGAGGAUGGAGAAGAGGACGAGGAUGAGGAGGAUCGCGAGAUCGAUUCGAAGAGCGCAAGGGACAAAAGAGGCAAAAAGCGUUUGAAGAGAUCGAGGGAAAUUGCUUUGGCAGAGCGAGGGGACGAGAAGGAGGAGAAUGAGAAUUAUGGGAACGAGGAAGACGAGGAGGAAGGUGAGGAUGGCGAGCGCGAAGGUGCAAUAUCGGAAACAACUGUGAUAAAAUCAAAACGAAAAAAAUACAGUGAUAACGGACGUUCGUUACCGAGAAGUAAGAAAGUAUCGGCCAAAGAGGAGAAGAUCGUUGGGGAAGAGACGAGUAAAAAGGGGGUAAAGAAGAGUGAAAAAGAUCGUAGUAGUGCAACGACGCUUUUACGAGGCUCCAAAGAAGCGAAAGAGAACAAAAGAAAGAAGGACGAUUUCGAGGAGGAUUUCGAGACGUUACCGCGAAAAGUAAAGAGCAAGAGAAUCGAAAAAAAGACGGAGGAUCAAGAGAAUUUGAUGCUUUUCGAGAGAGCGAAAAAGAGCGUUAAGGCGAAGAAGAACGAGACUCGUAGCGUGGAAGUCGACGACGUUGAAGAGAGGAGCCCGAAAAAAAUGUCACCGGUGAAGACGAAAAAGAAUCGACGCGACAAAACGGAGACGGAAACGGCGAUGACGACGACGACGACGACAACAACGGGGACCAACCUUAAGUCUGAUGUUAAAAGUCCGACGAAGGACAAGAAAUCGAAGAGCAAGAAAGCGGAAGAACGUCCAAAAAAUGGUGAAACGAAGAAGCAGAGCUCCGCGAACGAGGUAAGCAACGAAACGAAGAAAAAUUCAGCAGAAGUCGAUUCUGCCUCGAGGAAAUUUGCCGCUCUCGUUAGCAACGAAGAUCUCGAAUCUCUAGACAGCCUUAAAGAUCGUAUUAGCGAGAGAAGACGCGAAGAAAAGCUUAAAAACGAACGCGAAAAACAAAAGAAAGCUGUCAAAAGCGAUAACUCUCAUGGUUUACACAAGAAAAAAGUGCCUUCUAACGGUAGUACCUUUCACGAGGUCGCCAAAGGGAAUCUGAAACGAUCAAAGCUUAAGAAAUCGGUAAAAGAUGAAAAAAACAACGUCAAUAGCAACUCGAACAAUUCAAACAAAAAUCUCGGACAGGAUAACGAAACGCCCGAUAUUCCGAGUAAAAAAAUCAAAACUACGCAUGGCAAACAUACCAAAGGAUCAACGAGAGAAGAAAGUCCAGCAAUACAAGCUCUCAAUCAAGCCACCGAACAGACUUUGAACGACAUGAACAAGUGGCUGGACGACGCUCCGCGUCUGGCGGAGUUUUCGUCUGGCAGUAAUUCGCCGGUUUUUCACGCGUCGACGAGCGAGCAGCAGCAGCAGCAGCAACAACAACAACAACAGGGUCGUAGCGGUACAACGAAGCAACAGCAGCAACAGCCGGAGGCAUGGAAGCGACCGAGUACGAUGAAGAUUUUCGGAGCUCACGGGCCAAACAGACCAAAAAAAGUCCAAAGAACGAUCGACAGAUUGCAACCUGGUAAAAGCAAGGGUAAUUUGUUAUUGAAAAAACCAUUGAAUUUGGGGAGCGGUGUCGGAGCAAGCGGAGAGGGAUCGGGAGAGCAAUCGAGUUUGGAGAACGAGAAAUCGAAUAGAGAUUUGGACGAUGAGCCGAAGUUGAGUCUGGGAACGGUGUUGCGAAACGCGGAGUCGAUUCAACUGAUUUGCAAGAGUCUGGUUUCAUCGCCAAAUCCGAAUCAGCCGAGCGACGACGAAGACGAGGAUCGUUCGAGCGCCCCGGCAACGCCGGCGUUGAAAGAGGACAAGGCGAAUAGCAACGGUGGCGGGAACAAAGAAGCAGCGACGCCGACGGACGAGAGCGAAGAACCAAAGGAAAAUAACGUAACGGAAGAAUCUACGAAGCCAAAAUCGGCGACACCAAAUUUGAGCGCAUGGUUCAAAGCGUUCGGAGCUCCGAAGUCUAAGAAGAAAGAGGACGAAGUCGAGGAAACUGUCGCGACGAAUAAAAAGGAAAGCGUCGAACCCCAAGAGAUGAUCGCUUCGCGACAGAGACGAAUGAGCGCCGGCGGUAGCAGCGUCAGCGAAUCGGUUUCAAGUUUUUCGCAAGAAUCACCGCCCGGCGUGCCUGGACGCUCGCCCCAAAAUAUACAACCGGUUUUGACUCCAACCAGCGCCGAACCGCCGAUAAGAGGCGCCGGCUUUUAUCAGGACGCACUUUCCACCGGGAGCAGCCCUUACAACAGUCCUUAUUACGCAACGCCGCCGCGAUACAGCGCCCAAUUGCCACCGACUCCGUCCCCGCAGAACCAUCCUCUGUCGCCGGCGUAUCCGUCGUCGGCUGCUUACGACCAAACGCCUCUUUAUCCUCAACCAGGAUCUCAUCAAAGUUAUCAAAAACCUGCGACUCCGGAAAACACCGGGGACGCAGGUUAUCGCCAAUUAUCGCCGAGUUUCCCUCAGCCAUCGCCGCAAAGUAAUUACCCGCAAAAUUCACCACAGAACAACAACGCUUUCUCGCAAAAUUCACCGCAGAAUAAUUUCCCUCAGCCGAAUUCACCGAGGGACAAUUUUUCACAGAACUCACCCCAGGGCGAGGGUUAUCCGCAGCAAGCCUCGAGCCAACCGAAAGUUUCGCCCGUUUAUCCACAGUCCUCGCCACAAACGGUCCCGAACAUCGUUUAUCCGCAAUCAUCUCCCCAGGCUCCGCCUUCGAAUUAUUCUCAACCGUCGCCCCAACCACCGGCCGCAAACUACUCGGAGCGUUCGCCGCAACAGCCGCCGACACCGAACUACUCUCAACCUUCUCCGCAGCAAACGAUCGCCGUCAAUUAUUCACAGCCGUCCCCGCAGCAGGUUCCACCUCCGAGUUAUUCUCAACCGUCGCCUCAAGCUUACUCGGCCAAUUCUCCGCAGCCGUUGUCCUCCAACUAUUCUCAAGCGUCGCCGCAGCCUCAACCCUCGCCGCAUUCUCCGUACUCUCAACCCUCGCCGAAACCUCCACCGCCGAGUUACUCUCAGUUGUCUCCGCAAACACCGGCCAACUACUCGCAACCGUCGCCUCAAGCGAUCGCCACCUUUCCGCAGCCUUCGCCACAGUCUUCGACGAAUUACUCGCAGCCGUCGCCGCAGCAAUCGUCAGCAGGAGCCGCGGGCUACUCCCAACCGUCGCCGCAGCCUCCGGCGUCUUAUUCUCAGCCUUCCCCGCAGUCGAGAACAUUUUCUCAACCUUCGCCCCAACAGACGAGUCAAAAUUUCCCGCAACGCUCGCCGCAACCACCGCCGAGCUACUCGCAACCGUCGCCCCAGAGCAUCAACUAUUCUCAGCCGUCGCCCCAGCAAGCUCCACCAAAAUAUUCGCAACCGUCGCCCCAGCCGCCGGCGAAUUUCUCACAGCUCUCGCCACAGGCCGCGGCGAAUUAUUCCCAACUCUCGCCUCAGCAGAGUCAGCAACAGCAACAACAAACGAACGCGAAUUACUCGCAACCUUCGCCCCAGCAAGUUCGCGCUUACGCUCAACCGUCCCCGCAAUCCGCGAGCUGCUUACCACCGCCUCCGGUCUCCAGACAAUCAACGAGCUACUCACAACCCUCGCCCCGAGCGAAUUACGUACAAAACGCAGGGAAAACGUCCGAGGAAUAUUCCCAGCCGACGACGACCACCGCCGCCGCCGCCGCCGCCGCCGCCGCCUCGUAUCAACAGAGUUUCAAGCAGAAUCACGCGAGUUAUUUGCAACAAGCGACGACUAACGCGGCUCUGAGCGAAGCCGAACGUCGGGAGUAUCUCAAAGGUGCGGAGGAAAAGCUCCAGGAACAGCAGAGAACGUUCGUAUCCCAAGCGGAAGGGAGUUUGGGCCUGAGCAACAAUCACCAGGUAUUUCAAGCGCCGAAUCAUUAUCCACCGAGCUACGUUAACAAUUUCAGUCCGAAUGAGAGAGUCUCGACGAACCAAGCGAGCAACGAUUCCACGCGAGCGGCGGCGUCUCGACUCGUGGCCCAAGAUUCUCAGCAGCAUCAAGCAACGGGUGCUCAGGACAGGCCGCACUUCGGCGAUCCGAACAACACUCUGAACGCGCAGAAAUACGCGCAGGCGCGUUCGCAGGAGCAGCAAUCGCAGCUUCUGACUUUCCAGCAGAAUUUAGCCGGACACGAGAGUAUUUAUCAGCAAGCCGGUGGUUUUCAGGCCCCGCCGUAUCCGAUGCCGAAUCCUAGUCUGCGUCCGGUCUAUGCGAGUCCGCAUUACUUCGACGCGAGCAGCAAAAGCUCCGGAAGUUCGUCGAGCAAUUCUUCGACGCUCGCGCCGGUGAAAAAGCGGAUGUACAACGAGCCGACGAGCGAGAGUGCGCGGGCGAUCGCGCAGGAGAAUUCCCGGGUGUCUCAGGAGCAGCAGAGUUUCGCGUUCGAUUCGAUGAUGGGACUGGGCCAAGCGGAAGCGGUUCCCGGUGGCCAGUUUGAUCCGAGUUUCGGUAGUUUGGCGGACACGGCGAAUCCAGCGUACGCUCGUCUCAGUCUGGGCUUGGUCGGUCGAACGGCGAAGGAGCAGCAACAGCAGCUUUUGGCGAUUCCGAGACCGCCAGGGAAGUCGGAAGGUUUGGUUUACGCCCGAGGAGGGAGCGGCCCGACCUCGGACCUCGAUUUAAAUCUUUUACAAAGUUUGCAGAGCGCCGCAGCGGCGAAAAACAUUCAAAGCAUGCAGACGAUCGGCAGGAGGGGCGUGGAAUCGAGUCAAACGACGGCUCCACCCGCGGCCAAACCGAAAAAGACGAGAAAGACGAAGGCUCAGCAGCAGCAGCAGCAGCAACAGCAGCAGCAGCAACAGCAACAGCAACAGCAACAACAGCAGCAACAACAACAGCAGCAGCAGCAACAGCAACAAAACGCGGCUGCAGCCGCAGCGGCCUCGUUGGAGCAGCAAGCCGCUCCCGGAAUGCCCGGCUUCCCUCAAUAUCCCGGUGGCGCCAACGAUCCGAUCGGCUUGAAAAACCCCACGGUCGUAACCCCCGGCGGCAGCGCGUUCAACUUCGCAACUCCAGCCGGGACCGCGAAUAAUUCGCCGUUUUACGACAAAGACGCCUCCGCGGCCGCCGCUGCUUUCGCUUUCCUCGACGAAUUCCGCAAUCCCAACAGUUACUACAGCAUGGCUCUCCGACAACAGCAGCAACAGCAACAACAGCAGCAGCAACAGCAGCAACAACAGCAGCAACAACAACAACCGCAAACAUCCACACCGGUCAGCGAAGCUGCUCAACAAGCUUGCAACAAAUUGACCAAUCAGCAAGCACGAAAUUAUCCCCAUCCCUUUUUACACUCGGCCCAAAGACCCGCUCCUUACGGACCACCCGUUUCCGCUUACGUCACACCGCACGGACCAAAUCUCAGCAUGGAUCCCGCCGCUUAUCAACAGUAUCUUCACUCUUUUUAUGCUUUACCACCACCCUCGCAUCAUCAUCGACCCUCGUGGCUCUAGCCUUUGAGAUCUUAGAGACUGAAAUCUCCCGAGGACAACACCCUCCAAUCGAAUUAGCUAAUAUUUUGAGGAGAAAAAUUAACGUGCUCUCGUGACUUUCCUCUCGUCGAGCUUCUUCGGUCCGAUCUUAACUUUUUUGUUUGUUUUAUUUUUCCUCUUUUUUUUUUUCUUACCCAUUCAAAGAUUUUGCGACGAACAACUUGGGAACGUUGGAAUUCGACCAAUUUAUAUUUUGUUUUCGUUUUUUUUUUUUUUACUCAACGUUCUAGAAAUUUGUUCUGAACCUUUGUCAAAGACUCGACACGAUGAAACGAUUGAAAUGAAAGUAUCGAGGAUCAUGAAUGAAGAAAAUUCAAUGAAGUAAUUGAUUUUGCGUUCCAAAAAUACACUUUUGUUUUCGGUAAUAUUUGUUUCUUCCGGUCGAAAAUUGCCAUUGAGGCAAUUUUGACAAAUGAAACGAACUUGCGAUUCAUCGAACUCGAUUCGCGAGAGGGCAUUGCCGAGAGCACAUUUUUCAAACCGGUGACAGUAUUUCAUAAAUUCCACUCGUCGAUCGUACUCUCGUCAAAGUUUCUCCUCGAAGCAGAGCGACGGCGUUGAAGCUCGAAUCGUACAAGGCGAAAAUGUUUUUCUUUACUGCUCGACAACCUCGACGAAAAGUGUCCAGUUUUGUUAAUUUAUUUGAAUAUUCGCAUCGGGGAUGAAACGCUUGGAAUUAUCGGUGCCUCCAACGACCGAAGCUUCAGCUCCCUCGCUCCGGACAAGUGCAAAGCUCUCUUUGUUGUUUUUUCUUUUCACACGAAGACUCGUGCGUUUCCUUGACCCACAGAAAUAUCUUCUGUUCCCCACGAGCAUUCGCUCAUUCGCAUCUCGAAUAACCAAUGUUUUAAAAAACUCCACAAUUCCAUCAAAUUUUCUACACGUUCGUAAGAACUAUUAACUUAAAUAUUGCCCGUAUAAUGUGUAGCUAUAUGUAUAUAAUAAAAAAGCAUACGGGGAUUUAAAAUCGUAGGGAAUAUCGGUGGCUCGCGAAUCGCCGAGUAUUUCCUCUCUUUCCUCGCUGCACUUUAUUCUUCGCGAAAUCGAUGAAUUUCGUUAAUCGUUGAGAGUCUACCAAAAAGCAAAGUGCGGGAGGAGAGCGCGCGAGCGCCCCUACGUUUCCGUUCAGUUUCGUUGAGUUUUCCCAUUCAAUCGGCGCCUAGCGAGCGACGAGAAUCGUUUUUACGGUUUUCCGUGUUGUACGAGAUCGUGAGAGCGAUUCGAAGCGAGGCUCUCGCUCGGUCAUAGAUCAUUGCUAUUUGUAGAGUUAAAGAUUCAAAGUUAAAGCGUAAGGUAGAGAUUGUUUCUUUGUAAAUAAGACACAUAUCCCCCGUGACUCCCUCCGCCCUAAAUUAAUCUCACGAUAUUUCUGUCCCCCAAAGGAACAAACGAAACUGCUGUAAUACGUGUAUAGACGCCCUUUGUUUUCUCGGGUACGAUAUUCCCGAUCAUUUCUGCCUCGAGACUCGACCAUAAAAACGUACUUGUGAGCGCGUGUGUGCUGCUGCGUGUGCGUGUGCGUGAGAUUCGUAAAUCGUUGUGAAAGAGAGUUUGUCGUAUGUUAUUUUGCGAUCGAAAGAAUGUUCGUUCGUUGAGGACCCGAAGAAUUUGAUAUAAAUAUCUAAAUAUUAUCCAAAAUAAUAGAGUAUCGAUCAAGAUAUGUUGAAUGAAUACGUCAUUGAAAACAAAUAACUAAACAAAGCUAUAUACUAAGAACUAUAAAUAUAUACAUAUAUAAAUAUAUAUAUUGUAAAUGUGUAUCGAUGAAAGAAAUUAAAACACGAUUUGUUACAACAUA